GUGUAGGUUUCGUCGUCCAUGUUGAAAAUCCAUGUGUUUAGUUUUUGCGAAAUAGCGAAGUUUUGAGGCUUUUAGACUAUUAUGGCAGCAGUUGAUGGAGGUGGAUUCAAUUUGGAAGAUGAUAUUGGUGCUAAAAUAAGUGGAUAUCGUAAGGAAUAUGAUAACGACCGCGAUGGUAGAGACGAAUACGGUGGUGGUAAUGACAGAUCAAGAGACCGAGGUCGUGAUAGAAGGCGGCGAUCAAGAUCAAGAUCAAGGUCAAGGAGUCCAAACAGAGAUCGUAGAAACUUUGGUGGUGGGAGAGAUCGAUUCAGGGGGGGAAACAGGUCAGGACUUAAGUCUAUCUCAUUUCAUACAGCUAUUAAUUAUUACAUUUGCAUGUAUAUAAACUUGCAUUGUACACUUACUUUAGUUUGCUUUCAGCUUCGUUCAGUUGAAGAGACUACUCAGGCUAUGGCUUUUGAUGGGAUCAUCCUAGAGGGCCAGUCAUUGAAAAUCAGGAGACCUAAGGACUACCAACCCAUCCCAGGAAUGUCAGAAACGGCCACUAUUCAUGUCCCAGGUGUUGUAUCAACUGUUGUCCCAGAUUCUCCUCACAAGAUUUUCAUUGGAGGAUUGCCGAACUACCUUAGUGAAGAUCAGGUCAAGGAGCUUUUGGCAUCAUUUGGGGAGCUCAAGGCCUUCAAUUUAGUGAAAGACAGUGCUACUGGCCUCUCAAAGGGUUACGCCUUCUGCGAAUAUGUGGACCUCACAAUUACAGAUGUUGCAAUCACAGGACUCAAUGGAAUGCAGCUUGGUGAGAAGAAGUUAAUAGUUCAGCGAGCAAGUGUUGGAGCUAAGACAAAUAUGAAUAAUCCGGAUGCAAUGAACAUGAUCCCAGCCCAGAUGCAGAUUCCUGGUCUGGACAUGUCUGCUAACCUUCACAACAGUGCAACAGAAGUGCUGUGUCUCAUGAACAUGGUGGAGAUAGAAGAGCUCAUGGAUGAUGAAGAAUACGAAGAAAUUUACGAAGACGUUCGUACGGAAUGCUCCAAGUAUGGCAAAGUUGUCAGCUUAGAAAUACCAAGACCCGUUGAAGAUUUUGAACCACCUGGCUGUGGAAAGAUAUACGUGGAAUUCGGAUCACCUGACGACUCAAAGAAUGCUGCCCAGUCUCUGGCGGGCCGCAAGUUUGCCAAUCGCGUGGUAGUGACGUCAUUCUACAGCCCAGAGAUGUACCACAGAAAAGAGUUUCAUUAGAAAGAAAAAAAAAAAAAAAGAAAAGAGUUCCAUUAGCUGAUGAUGUCAUAACAAUCGCUGCCGUCGGUUGCGUUAGGAAAGAUGGGCCGAUAUCUCGUUUCUUCCUUUGUAUAGUUUUUGCUUCUUUUUAACAGUCUUGUGUACGAUGUUGUAAUUUUAGUUAUAUGAUUUAUUUGCGCGAUUUUGAGUCAAAUGUUGUGAAUCAGACGAGGACAUGCGUUACUAAAGAGAACUGUACCAAUACGACAGAUAUGAUUACAGUGCAUUAUUUCCUCGAUUAGGCACCCUCGCUGGGGCUAAUCCUCGGCACAAAAACCUGUACAACUGACCGACGAUCAUUCAGAUAAAAUAAAGAAAACAAAGGCUUGAUAACAAAGAGAAAUGUUUGCCGAGGUAUGUUUGCCUAGUUUUAUACACCCUGAAAAAGCGCCUUUAUGAAAGUUUUUUUCCCUUCUUUCUUGGUUAAAAAAGUAAAAAUACGUUAGAAACCAGUCUGAAUGAAUGUAUCAAGUAAGAAAGGGCAAAAUCACUUCGGAACUAAAUUGAAAUGACAUACCUGAAACAUAAAGUUGUUUCAAUCAUGAAGAUUGUACUGUUUAUAGGAGAGAACUAUAGUCACCCCGACGCUUAAUUGAGGAAAUACAUGUACAGGUGCAGUUGAAGUUCCUUGAUGCACUUUAGUUUGUUCUGGGCGCUUUUAGGCCUGUUCGUGCUCCUUUGGGAGUGAUUCUCUUAGCAUAGACUAGAGCCUUAAAUUUACACAAGACCUCAAAGUUAAUGGCUUGAAACCACAGGAAAAGCAAAAAAA